AAUAUGAGUUUCUUUUUUUUUUAUCACAGUUUACUGAAUUUCAAACAGUUUACAAAAUCGCAAAAUAACAAUUUUUAAUUAGCACGAAUCAUUCCGGUAACGUUACUAACUUCAACAUGAUUAUAUCAAGUCAGAUUUACCUUCUUCAUCCGGGUAAAGACGAAUUAUCCUCACGCACUGCUCCGACAUCUAAAAAGUUUGGAAGGACGCUUAAAAUCACAACACGAUACACUGAAAACGUUCGAGAUAACUGUUUAGUGAGGGGGGAACGAAGAGAUUUAUGCAAAGCCACAGCACGCCGCCAACUCACAUUCGUGGUUCAAUCGCUACUGAGGCCGGUUCGAAGAUGACUUCACGCCUCACACCGACAAUUCUCGGCGGCCUGACGUUCCUGUUGUUGCUGUGUUUCGACGGCUUGUUGAUUGAUAAUAACUGCGUCGCGGCACCGAGUUUGAUCGCAAAUGUGUCGAACGAAACUGGGGAAGUUUUUCUGUCGUCGCCAAAUUUGAAAUUCGAUCACGAACCGGAGUUGUUGGACACCGUCAUUCCGUUCGGCGUUCAGUCGUCUCCAAAGUACAAAAGAAGUCUCGCCUAUCAUGGAGUCAAAUAUGGACUACCUCGGAUCCUAACUCGACUCAUCGAUUCCCUCGUCAAUGAUAGGGAAGAAAUUGUUCAGAAUUACGGUCAGUCCACUGGGAAAGAUUUGGAUCAAGCGUUGAGCUCCAUUCGCAAUGUGAAGAAUGAGAUACUAACAAACGCAGAGUUGAAACCUCUGCGUUUUUCACCUAAUGAAAAUGAUACCUGGUCUAACGAGGUCAGGGUGUGGAACAAUUAUCUAGCAGAACGUACUAAAAUAGAGGGAGUUAUUCCAAGGUUUUACAGCACUAUCUACGUUUACUUGGAAUGCUACGUGUAUCGAAGGAUCGCUGAGGCGUUUCAUUUCACGGAAACGUUGAAAUUUUACGAUCCGUUCGCUAAACAAAAAAGACAGGCUUUCGAGGAUUCAACAGCAAGCGCCAUUGCAGUGGCUGCUCAUACUCUGCAAGAAAUCGACAGAAUACCGGAAGUAUCAUCGGCGAAUGAGAAACAACAAUUUAUUAAGCACCUGAAACUGGGCUUAUGGGGCAACAGGGUCGAUCUGUCAUUCAGCCAUGGUGCUGCGGUAGGUCAAACUGGAAAUCCGCUCGAACUACUAAGUGGCCUGGAUAAAAACAUUCUCACAGACGGCACCGAUUUGGCCUGGAAUGCCUUGGUUAAUUGCAGAGCGAAGAAGCCCAACGGCACGAUAACGGUCGAUAUAGUGCUGGACAAUGCAGGCUACGAAUUAUUCACCGAUCUCAGUCUCUCCGCCUUUUUGAUCGCUCGCAAUCUUGCAGAUAGGAUACGAUUUUACGUGAAACGUAUUCCCUGGUUCGUCAGUGACGUUACCACGCGAGAUUUUCAAUGGAUCAUCCAACACAUGAAGAAUUCUUCGAAUCCUGACUUAUCGCGGUUUGGAGAGCUGCUGAAGGGUCACGUAGAGACCGGUGUAUUUUCUAUUUUGGAUGAGCCUUUCUGGACCAGCCCGUUUGUUUUCUCAGAAAUGCCCCAAAAGGAUCCCGCCUUGUACGCUAAACUUUCAGAAGCAAGUCUGGUCAUAUUCAAGGGCGACUUGAAUUACAGAAAAUUAUUCGGAGAUAUUAACUGGGAACACACCACGAGCAUUCUUCAAGCAAUCCGAGGAUUUUUGCCAACGAAUUUCGUCAGUCUAAGGACACUCAAGUCGGACGUUUGUGUGGGGUUGAAGCCCAACCAAGCUGAGUCUAUCGCAAGAGUAGAUCCGAAAUGGCUUGGAACAGCAAAAUACGGUGUCAUAACAGCGGCUGCAAAUAAUCAGACUUGCAGCAGAGCAGGAUAAUCUGCCGUCACUCAAAGUAGACAAAAAAAAACUCAGAAUUUUCACUUUUGUCCGAAUAAAAGAGAAAUUUAUUCUAUGUAGUAUAAUAGAAUUCUGUACUAACGCAUCCAUAGUAAUCAAUACGUAUUACACGUACUUCUAAUGACCAUAAUUUAAUCACCCAUUAUGAAAUAUAUAUUUAUUCGAAAUUAAAAAUCAUAUCAGUUGGCUGGCUAUGUACCGAAGUAUACGUACGUAAUUGAGAAUUAUACCCUAAGCAGAAUUUGGCAUUACUCGCAACAAUGACAACGUUGCUGUUGGCACGGGUUCUGUUACCAACACUUGAGGAAUAAUUUUUAGAUAAAAUCAAAAAUAGGAAAAUAGUUAUCGAUUAUUUGGAAAAUGUCGUAAAGUUAGAAAACAAAAAAUUCGCCGAAUGCGGUAUCAACUUCAGAGUUUUCAAAUUCUGUGCGGUUCUUGCUAACCGUUCGUACCUCAACCAUUACGACGCGCGACGGUUUGUCCAAAAUUUGUAACCUUUUUUCAAUUGAACUGAGGCCUUCUGUGAAAUUUCCAACCUUUACACGAUCUUCCAAUUGAACUGGGUCUAAAGAAUGAGGUUUUUCCAUGCCUUGCUCUUCCUCACACAUUUCUAUGAGCUCAUCAAUUGUCAGCUCCUGAUUAUUUGAAUUUUGUCAGUCUGAGGACAGUCAAGUCGGAAGACCGUGUAGGGUUGAAGCCUAACGAAGCAGUCUCUCGGCAAAACGGAUUCUGAGUGGAUGAGAGCUGGAAAGUACGGACUUAUAACAGCAGCUAUGAAGACUAGUACUUGCAGCUGAGAAAUUCAGUUCCAAAUAAAAGGAGCAAGUGGCUUAGUUUAUUAGGUGCGCCUAAUCGUGAGUGGAGUAAACAAAUUUUAGCGAGUGAUUUCAAUGAAACCUGCUAACGAAACUUCGCAGCUGUGCACAUAACACAGCCUUUUCUGCCUCACCAAUUUACACCUCGCGUGAUAUUGCUGACGACUAUCUUGUACUACCUGGAAUAUUUAUUUUAUUACACUUAGUAGUAAUACAAUAUUUUAUAAUAAUAAAGAGUAAUAAGUAACCAUUAUUCGUAAAUACAUAAUAUCCUUUCUGUCCUAUAAACGUUUGUACAAUCAUUAUAUUAUAACUUAGAUAUCAAAUGUUGGGAAAUAACGUUAAAAUUUCUUAAAUAAAUUUUAUCCUCCUUCUUCCCUUCCAGCUGAUAAGAUAUAAAUCGACGUAGCAAUUUAAGUGAUUGCAUCAGUUACGCGAUUCGUUAUAAUAUUUCUAGUAUACAAUUAUCUUUUCGUCAAAUGACCGCUUCUCUCUGCAUG